AUGGCUCUGGCUGUAGAGAUUGCGGCUGCUGUGUCGCUCUUGUACCUGGUGUAUCUCGCUGGACAUGCCAUCUAUCUCCUGACGGGCCACCCACUUGCCGGAAUCCCCGGGCCAAAGACCAGUGCCAUCAGCCGCAUUCCGUAUUGGCGUCAAUUCUGGAAUGGUCAAGAUGUGUACUGGAUACAUAAUCUCCACGAGAUCUAUGGCCCCGUAGUCAGAAUUGGUCCCCAUGAUGUUAGUUACGCCUCAGCCGACGCGUGGAAGGUUAUCCACGGCUCCAUCAAGGGCGGGUAUACCCUCGGAAAACCGCUUGACGCAAAUAUCAGACCAGCCAAUGGCAACAUACUCACUGCCGAUGCCGUCGAUCAUGCUCGCAUGCGUAAACUGUUCUCGCCUGCUUUUUCGGAAAGAGCACUAAGAAAGCAAGAACCGAUAUUCCAGAAAUAUGCCGAUAUCUUUACAUCGAAGGUACGCGACAUCAACAACAGUGGACAGGCCAUUGACAUGACUGGACUCUACAACUUUGCCACAUUUGAUGUCAUGGCUGACCUAUGUUUUGGUCAUCCACUCGGUCUCCUGGCCAAGAAUGAAUUCAGCCCAUGGGUUCGCUCCGUCUUUGAAUCGCUCCAGCUACUGCCAAUCAUCAGCAUCAUUCACUAUUAUCCGGUUCUGCUGGCGCUAUUUGAACGCUUCCAGCCCAAGUCCGUGACAGAACAGAUGCUAGUCCAUGCCAAGCACUCGGCAGAUCGUGUAGAUCAGAGAAUGCAAGAGGGUUCCGACAAGCCCGAUAUCUGGAAUCUCGUCUUGAGUGCUCAAGGCACCGAAAAGGGCCUCAGCUUGGAGGAGAUGCACUCCAACGCGGACCUUUUCAUGAUGGCCGGCUCGGAAACAACUGCGACCCUUCUCAGCGGAGUGACGUAUUACCUGCUGAUGAAUCCGGAAAAGAUGCAGCGUCUGUGCCUAGAGGUCCGAGGCUCAUUCAAGAGCACCACGGACAUCAACUUUGACGGCCUCGGUAAUCUCAAAUAUCUAAACGCUUGCCUCAAAGAAGCCAUGCGCAUUUACCCGCCACUUCCCAUCGGCUCACAACGGAUCGUGCCGAAGGGUGGUUUGACCAUACUUGGGCAGUGGAUUCCCGAAGAUACGCGUGUCUUUUGCCAUCAUUACUCCAUGUACCACUCUACGAGGAACUUUAAGAACCCCGAGAGUUUCGUGCCCGAGCGCUGGUUGGGGGAUCCAGAGUACAGCGAUGAUGUGCAAGAUGCCCAUCAACCAUUUAGCUAG